GUGGUAUGGACAGAACCCUUUCACUAAUUGGUUAGCCUUCCAGAGGAAAUUUCUCGACAGAUUUGAUCACAUCGCACCAGGUCAAUGCCUCCGUCUAAUAAAGGAAUAUACGCAGCAGCCUCAGGAGACCUUGGCUAGAUAUGCUGAACGCUUUAUGUGCGGGGUUCAAUGUGGUCUUGGAGAAAAGCGAGUUCUUCUUGUCGCAGAUCUCAUUCUUGGGGUACAUCGUCACGGUCGAUGGACUAAAACCGGAUCCGAGGAAGGUGGCAGCAGUUCAAGAAGCCCCGGCGCCGGUCACACUCACCCAGGUUCGGGCUUUUCUAGGGCUGGCAUCCUAUUACCGACGCUUCAUCAAGGGGUUCGCCAGUGUAGCGAAGCCCCUAACGAACCUGCUGAAGAAAGAGGAGCAGCUGAUUUGGACGUCGGAAUGUGAAGCGGCGUUUCAAGCGUUGAAGGAGGCUCUGACAUCUGCUCCUGUGUUGGCGCGUUCCGACCCGACAAGACCGUUCGCACUGUAUACCGACUGGCAGCCGCAGGCGAUAUCAGCGGUGCUGACUCAUGACGGGGCGGACCAAAGAGAACAUGUCAUUGAGUAUGCGUCCAAGACGCUGAGCCAGGCGCAGGCUAAUUACGAAGCGUGCAAAGGCGAAUGUCUGGCGGUGGUGUGGGGGAUUCAGCAUUUCCGACCGUAUCUUUACGGCCAGAAAUUCGUGCUGAUGGAGGCGGAACGAACGCAAAUAGCUGGUGGGAUGGAGAAGCACUUUGGAAAAGGUGGAACGAACGAAGAUGGCGGCAGUGCGAGAAAAGACACGUGGCUGGUACGGAGAUGGAGGCGGUCGGGAAAGAGAUGGCGGAGCUUGGAGACGAAGGCGAUCGGGACGUGGCUGGUAGUGUACAAAGACGAAGGAAGUAGGGACAGAGAUGGCCGAAGAGCAAAGAUGGCGCGAGAGACAGGAAGGGGAGAAGAAAGCGGUGGGGACAAAAAUGACGCGAGGACACGAACGGGAGAAGAACGCGGCAACAACGACGAUGGCGGGCGGGAUGGAUAACCGUGAUGAAGGAGCGCGAGAGGAGAAGCCCGGCAUGGUACCCGCGUCAACAAAAUCAGCCGACCUGC